CCACCUCCCUGGCUGCCCCACCUCCUGCUGCCCCGUGGAGCCCGGCCGAGGAGCCAUGGGGUGCUGGGCCUGGGUCCCCGGCCCCUGCCCCCCACCCGGGCUGUGCCCACUCCUGUUGCUUCUGCUGCUGCUCCCCUGGGGGGCCCAGCCCCAGGCUGGCGAGAGCCACACGGAGCCCCCAGGACCCAAUGCCACAGCCCCCCCUGGAGUGCCCCCCAUCCCUGCGACCUCGGUGACCCCCAUGACCCCGGCGAGGCGUGCUCCAGAGGCAGAGAUGGAGGCAGAGGGGCCCCAAGGCGGGGAGCGCCUCCGUGCAGACAGGGUGGCUCCCUCCAACGGCAGCCUCAGGGGGCAAGUGCUCACGGAGGCUGGGCAGCCCUGCAGGUUCCCCUUCCGCUACGGUGGCCGCAUGCUGCACACCUGCACCCUGGAGGGCAGUGCCCGCAGGAAGUGGUGUGCGACAACCCACAACUACGACCGGGACAGGGCCUGGGGCUACUGUGUGGAGACCGCCCCACCUCUGCAGGGCCCAGCUGCCCUGGACCCCUGUGCUUCUGGUCCCUGCCUCAACGGGGGCACCUGCUCCAGCCCCCAGGACCCCACAUCCCACCACUGCACCUGCCCCCCAGCCUUCACAGGCAGGGACUGCGGCACCGCAAAAUGCUUCGACGAGACCCGGCACGAGUACCUGGAGCAGGAGGACCGCUGGGCCCGCGUGCACCAGGGGCGCGUGGAGCAGUGUGACUGCGUGGGUGGCCAGGUGCUGUGCGAAGGCACCCAUCACACAGCAUGCCUGAACAGCCCGUGCCUGAACGGGGGCACCUGCCACCUCGUUGUGGGCACCGGGACCAGCAUCUGCGCCUGCCCACCGGGCCUCGCCGGGCGGUUUUGCAACAUCGUGCCCUCGGAGCGCUGCUUCAUGGGGAAUGGCACAGAGUACCGAGGUGUGGCCAGCACGGCAGCUUCGGGCCUGGGCUGCCUGGCCUGGAACUCCGACCUGCUCUACCAGGAGCUGCACGUGGACUCGGUGGGCACUGCUGCCCUGCUGGGCCUAGGCCCCCAUGCCUUCUGCCGGAACCCAGACAAGGACGAGAAGCCCUGGUGCUAUGUGGUGAAGGAGCAUGCACUCUCCUGGGAAUACUGCCGCCUGGCAGCCUGUGAAUCCCUGGCCAGAGUCCAUCUGCCGCCCCCUGAGGUCCUGGCCACGCUGCCCGAGGUGGCCCCGGCCCCACGGCCGACCUGCGGCAGGAGGCACAAGAAGAGGACGUUCCUGCGGCCACGCAUCGUCGGUGGCUCGUCCUCGCUGCCCGGCUCCCACCCCUGGCUGGCCGCCGUCUACAUUGGGGAUGGCUUCUGCUCGGGGAGCCUCAUCCACACCUGCUGGGUGGUUUCCGCUGCCCACUGCUUCUCCAGCAGCCCCGCCUGCAGCCCCCCCAGGGAAAGCGUCUCGGUGGUGCUGGGCCAGCACUUCUUCAACCGCACCACGGACGUGACGCAAACGUUUGCCAUCGAGAAAUACAUCCCCUACCCGCGGUACUCGGUGUUCAACCCCAGCGACCACGACCUGGUCCUGAUCCGGCUGAGGAAGAAGGGCGGCCGCUGUGCCGUGCGCUCCCAGUUCGUGCAGCCCAUCUGCCUGCCUGAGCCUGGCAGCUCCUUCCCUGCCGGGCACAAGUGCCAGAUCGCAGGCUGGGGCCACGUGGACGAGCGGCUGAGCGGCUACGCCAGCUCCCUGCGGGAGGCGCUGGUCCCCAUCGUGGCCGACCACAAGUGCAGCAGCCCCGAGGUGUACGGCGCCGACGUCAGCCCCAACAUGCUCUGCGCUGGCUACUUCGACUGCAAGUCGGACGCCUGCCAGGGGGACUCUGGCGGGCCCCUGGUCUGCGAGGAGAACGGAGUGGCCUACCUGUACGGCAUCAUCAGCUGGGGCGACGGCUGCGGGCGACUCAACAAGCCGGGCGUCUACACCCGCGUGGCCAACUACGUGGCGUGGAUCACUGACCGGAUACGGCCUGCCAAGCCCCCGGCGCCCCCAUCCUAGGCCCUGGGCAGCCUUGCCUGCUCACCCCUGCCCACCUCCAGGACAAUAAAGAUGGCCCUGGGACCCGGCUGCA